GCAGGAGAGGGGGGGAACUAUCUUGACAGCGUCGCUCUCACGAUUUUACUGCUGGCUGCCAAAAAACUGUAACCUUACUGUACGGGAGCUGCCAAGAUGGCUGCAAGCAAUUAUUUCGGGUUCACGCAUGCUGCCGGUCCGCAGUACAGUGCCCAGCCUCCCCCGGCCUAUUCCCAUCCCUCUACAGCCAGUUACAGCGUGCAGCAGGCUCCAGCCGUGGCUCACGCAGUGACUGCGUCCUAUACUGCUGCUCCGGUCCAGGCAGCCAGGCCCGUGGUCACUGCUCCUUACCCCACCUAUCAGAGCCACCAGGCGCCCCCUGACUACGCAUACAGGCAGCCAGACCCCCCGGCGCCCCCGCAGCCCACCACCACCCCACAGACGUACCAAGUAUACCCGGAAACGCAGGACAGCUACAGCUACGGGCGUCCUGCAGCAGUGACCACCUACGACAACAAACAGUACUACCAGACGAGUAUAGCUCCAGCUCAGAGGACACACACAGACAAUUACUACCAAACAGUAGGGGUAAAGAGCGCUUACAGUCCAGCACCCUCCACUGUGUACAGCCAGCCUCCUCCUCCCCAGAGGCAAGUAACGGCCCUGAAGCCUCUGGCCCCGUCUGUGUCCACCAGCUACAACAUCUACCCCGUGUCCACCAGUGUGCAGCAGCCACCAACACCCAUUUCAUCCUACACCCUCGGCUCCUCCUUCGGCUCCGCUGUUGCGGCCACUACCUACUCGGGCAUUAGCUACUCCAGUUAUGACUCAACCGGCUACACCUCCACUCCCACCCCCUCCUAUUACCAGCCGGCCCAGCAGACUCUCACCCAGCCGCAGCCUCCUCCUCCUCCUCAGCAGCAGCUGCAACAGACCCAGCCUCCCAUCCAGCCACCACCUAAGCAGCUGACGAGCUCUUCCUGGAGCAACUCGGGCAGCAACAUGGUGACGGCGCCGACUGUAAACGCCUACAAGAAGCCCCUGUUUCACCAGAGCAAGCUGCAAAGGCCCAAAGGGCCUCCGAAGCAGCCCCAGCUCCAUUACUGUGACAUUUGCAAGAUCAGCUGUGCAGGCCCUCAGACGUACCGGGAGCAUCUAGAGGGCCAGAAACAUAAGAAAAAAGAGGCAGCCCUGAAAUCCGGGGGUCAGUCCGGGGCCAACAACGGGCCAAGGGGGGUCCAGACUCAGUUGCGCUGUGAGCUAUGUGACGUCGCCUGCACCGGCGUGGACGCCUACGCCGCACAUAUCCGUGGGGCCAAACACCAGAAGGUGGUGAAACUUCACACCAAGUUGGGUAAACCUAUACCUUCCACUGAGCCAGUGUUGGUGAAUUCGGCCCCAGUCGUCACAACAUCAACAGCUGGGAAACCUACCGUCUCUACUUCCACUCCUGCUUCUGCCUCAACCACUUCAACUCCUAUUGUGACACACAAACAGGUGGCCGUAAACGUCACCGCUAAAACGGCACCAGUCAAGAAACCAGCUCCCUCCAAAAUAACUGUUGUUUCCCAUAAGCCAGUCAGCGCUCCAGCAGCCGCGGUGGUGGCGGCGGCUCCCAAGGUGGAGGAACCCAUACAGCAUCCGGUUCAGAGAAUGGACCCUCAGAGUGACGAUGAGGACUGUGACAGAGCUGGAGGCCAAGGAGACAUUCAGCCAGUGGGACACGACUACGUCGAGGAGGUCCGUAACGAUGACGGAAAGGUGAUUCGAUUCCACUGUAAACUGUGUGAGUGCAGUUUCAACGACCCCAACGCCAAAGACAUGCACCUGAAAGGCAGAAGGCACCGACUCCAGUACAAGAAGAAAGUCAACCCAGAGCUUCCUGUGGAGAUCAAGCCCAGUAACCGGGCCAGGAAGCUGCAGGAGAGCAAGCUGAAGAAGCAGAAGCAGAAAGCGGUGCUGAAGAGACAGAGAGACGAUGAGCAGCGCUGGCACAUGGAGAUGAGGUCAGACUCGUGGCCAAAACGAUAUGAGGAGGACAUGUACUGGAGGAGGAUGGAGGAGGAGCAGAUGUACUGGGGGGAGCAAAGACGCAGGAUGGCUCCUCCGCCCCUCAUGAGCCGCCCUGGCAUGCCAGUCCCACCUCUACUGACGUGUGUGCGUCGGCCAGACUCUCCCGACGACCGCCACAUCAUGGCGAAACACUCGACCAUUUACCCGGUGGAGGAAGAGCUGCAGGCGGUUCAGAGGAUUGUCUCGCAUUCUGAGAGAGCCCUAAAGCUGGUGUCAGACUUCCUGCUGGAGAAGGAGACUCCGGCUGUUGAAACCGCUGCUGAUGAGGGAGAAGAUGAAAAAAGCGCUGAGAGUUCCGGGCGGCUGCUAAAAGGUGUGAUGAGGGUGGGUAUCCUGGCCAAAGGCCUGCUGCUACGCGGAGACAGAAAUGUUGAGCUCAUCCUACUGACUGCUAAGAAACCCACCAUCUCUUUACUGAAGAAUAUCGCCAAGCAUUUGCCCAAAGAACUAGAGACAUUUUCUGAAGAUCAGUAUGAGGUGCAGGCUCACCCCGAGGAGGCGAACAUCGUGAUAUUUUCAAGCAAGGAGCCCAAAAUGCAGGUGACCAUUUCUCUCACCUCGCCGCUGAUGAGGGAGGACCCUGCUACUGAGAAGGACAAGCAGGCAGGAGGAAAAACGGCUGAGAAAGGCGUGGCUGAAAAGGACCCGACUGACCUCCUGAACAAGAGGAAAUGUCUGGAGUACCUGGCUGCUCUCCGUCACGCCAAAUGGUUCCAGGCUCGUGCCAACGGGCUGCAAUCAUGUGUGAUCAUCAUUCGGGUGCUGAGAGAUUUAUGUCAGCGGGUUCCUACAUGGGGAAAGAUGCCCUGCUGGGCGAUGGAGCUGUUGGUGGAGAAGGUGAUCAGCAGUGCUGCGGCCCCGCUGAGCCCGGGAGAGGCCAUGCGCCGAGUCCUGGAGUGCAUCUCCACGGGCAUCCUGCUACCAGGACCAGGCUUGAUGGACCCGUGUGAGAAAGAGACUACAGAUGCCUUGAGAAGCAUGACGCUUCAAGCCAGAGAGGACAUAACUGCCAGCGCCCAGCACGCUCUGCGGCUGCUGGCUUUCCGUCAGAUCCACAAGGUUCUGGGCAUGGACUCGCUGCCGGCGUCCAAGGCCAGCGCCCGCAACCGGAAGCGCAGACGUGACGGCAGCGACUCCGGCGACGGGGAGGGGGAGGGCAAGAAAGACAAGAAGGAAGAAGCCGAGAGUGCUUAACCGCUUCCACCCGAGCGGAGGCAUGUGCCGGUUUAGAGACUGGUAGAAUGUCACGAGUUUCAACUUUUCUCAUCUUGAAAACAAUCUUAACACGCAGCUGCACACAUAUGAAUAUAACCGACUGUACACGCUACAUGUCUGCUGUUGAAUUAAGAGUAAUGUUUAGGAGGUGACUGAAGCUUGAGAAUCUGUACUACGAAUCCUUCUCUUGAAUAGCAAUUCUUCUGGAGAUUUGGUGUCUUUUUACGUGUGUAGAGGAAAUUGGACUCAGUAAAAAAAACAAAAAACAUGACUAUAAUUGUACACUAACUACUGAACCUCUCUAAUAUUUAUUCAUAACCACUACCGUCAAAUACAGUAAUAUUGCUUCCCAGCUUGAGUCGGGACUGUGAACGAACGUCGGUGCAUGACAUUUGUUUAAUGUUUUUUAGAUCCGUGUUCAACAAAAAAAUAAGAGAUGGAGGUUUAAGUUUAUAAGCUUUGGAGCGGUGGGAAAAGUGCCAGAAGACAUGUUUCAGAUCUACAUGAAUACAGUACUGUGAUGUGCCUAAGAUGACACAGUAAUACAAUACUGUGACGCUGUUGAGCUCACGUUUAAUGUCGGGUAAAAAGGCUACACUAAAAAAUCACUUUUACUGCCUGGAAAGUAUGUCGCCAUUAAGGGUUUUUGCAAGAAGCUACAAGGUAACCGAAGUUCUGCUUUUUGUUUUGUGUUUUUCAAGAGAGAGAGCUCUUAUGUUGCACAGUCUGGCAUGCUGAGGAAAAUCAAGCACUUAAAUAAUGACAAUGUCAAUGAAUGCAGCAAUUUUAUCAUUUGAACAAUACGCCUAGUAAUCUUUUUUCUUCCAGAGUACGAUUAGCAGGAGAGAGACGCUUUAAUCGGAGAAAUAAGACUGAAUAUCUACUGUAAUGAUCAAGUAGUCCUUUGACUUUCUUCCUUGUGCCUGCAUCGCGUUGUGUAUUACAGAGAAAGGGGAACAUUUAUGUGUUUGUUUUUUUGUCAAGUUGAUAUCGUGUUGAUAUAGUUUUGCAAAGAUGUUGGCCAGAGAAGGGACAGCUGUACAACUCUUUGGCUUAAAAAUUGACGUGAGCGAAUAAAUGUGCCCUUUUUAAUUUGACUUUAUCAAGAGUAUCAUAUAAGUAUUGCUUAUUUUAUUUCAGACGGAAAUAAUAUUUUGUGUACAGAAAGUGAACGUUUCUGUCCUUUUAUUAUUUGAAUGUCUUUGUAGUGUUGCCUAAAAUAAACGAGAGAUAUUAAACCAGUUUUAAGCCA